AUGUCGGCCCAAGAUGAGAAGCGCAAGCUGGGUUCGUCGUUCUCCGUUUGUUGUCAACCCCCCCCCCACUUCGGACACCCAAAACUGACCUUCCCUACAAGAUUCACCGCAUGACCUUACACUCAACAUCACCACGAAUAAACCAUUUGGACGUGAUCAGCCAUUCUGGAGAAAAAGAGGAAGGAUAUGAUGGUGCGUGGAACUCUUCACUUCGAUCCGAGGUCGAGCGAGUUGCACCUAGGCGCUCGCGCGAUCGUACUCGUGUUGAUCUUGGUAUCUUCUGGGCGUACAGGACCAAUUCGCAGCGCAAAAGAACGAGCUCGUCAACGAAACCAGCAAGAACAGAACAGGUACGUUCGAGCUCAACCGCGCCGGGCUCGGACGACUCGGUCGCCUCGUUCGAUCGGGGAUCCUCGGACUGAUGAUCGAAUGGUGUCCGAUUAUGAUACGCAGGCUCGGAUCGAUUUGCCAGUGCAAGUGAUGGUGUGGAUGAACAACUCAAAAAGUCGACGUACGGCUUGGUGCAGCUGAGUGACUUCAAGGUCGGUCCUCUCCCCGUCUCUCCCCUCGUGCCACAGAUGGCGCCAGUGGGUGCUCGUGCUGAACCUGGCUGCUCUACGCUGCACUUUCACUCGCGUUAUAGGAAACGCGUGAAAAGUUGGAAGAAGCUGCACGUCGGGAAGCGGCGGGGACAAGCGAGCUGAGGUGAGUCCCCUUCUGGGAAUGCUCGCUUUGAGCACGAGGCUAAUAGAUAAGCUGACCCUCAAGAAGUCUUGUUCGUUGGAUGGGAGCAGGGAGGAGGAAAAGAAGAAGAAAAAGAAGAAGAAGGAAGGCAAAAUCAAGCUUUCAUUCGCAUUCGAUGAUGGAGAGGAGGACGGAUCGAUAUCCAAAAAGGAAAAAAAGGCGGGUGGUGAUGACGACGAGGAGGGCACGGGAGACGAAGGUGGGUUCGGAUGAUCUUACUGUCGCAGUCGCUGCGGAAGAGGCUCAAACUAAUCUUAGCAGAGCCUCCUACGCGCUCAGAUCGAGCCUCGAAGAAGGCCAAGCUGGGCAAGAACCCUUCGAUCGACACCUCGUUCCUACCCGAUCGCGAGCGCGAAGAAGCCGAACGUAAAGUACGCGACGAACUGCGACGCGAAUGGUUGACCAAGCAAGAGACGAUGAAGGCCGAGGACAUCGAGAUCACUUACUCGUACUGGGAUGGGUCGGGGCAUCGUAAAGUUGUGACGUGCAAGAAGGGAGACACGAUCGCACAGUUUCUGGACAAAUGCCGGUUGCAGUUCCCCGAGUUGAGGGCCGUCAGCGUCGAUAAUCUGAUGUAUAUCAAGGAAGAUCUGAUCAUCCCUCAUGUGAGUUGAGACAGCGGAGUGGUUUCCCACUAGAGCACUCGUUGGGGCUCACGUCAUGGGUUCAAAUUUCCUUUCAGCACUACACAUUCUGUGAGUAGCGUUCUGGACCCUCGAUCACCAGCUGCGAGGUGCUGAACUGGCCUCAUCUGUUGCUUCUCUCAGACGACUUUAUCGUAAAUCGGUACCGUGGAAAAUCAGGCCCCAUGUUCAACUUUGACGUACACGAAGACGUGCGGUUGAUUUCUGACGCCUCGGUCGAAAAGGAUGAGGUGCGUCACAUCGGAAUAGGGUCCCCGUCGCAUAGAUUCGAGUAUUGAUCCAGGUCGAUGACGUUGCAGUCCCACGCGGGUAAAGUCGUCGAAAGGAGUUGGUACAAUAGAUCCAAGCGUAAGUUUUGGAUGCCACAUCGUGGGGGUGGCUGAUCUCUAUGCUGAUGCUUUCGACUUGAUGAGCAGACAUUUUCCCUGCUUCUCGAUGGGAGGUGUUCAACCCCGAGGUUAAGCGCGAUCGAUACACCAUCCAUGGCGAAUAA